GCACGUUCAAGUUGGCUGCAAAAUUUCCCAUGCCUACCGUUGCGGACGAAAUCUCGAAUGUCAUCUUGCCGGCCAUCAAGGCAACCGCAAAGGUCAUCCUCCUUGCCGCGGUCGGUGUGGCUGCAAAGCGAUUAGGCAUUCUGAACUCGGAAACAUCCACCAGACUUUCAAAGCUUGUGCUCAACUUUGCCGUUCCAGCGUUGACUUUCGUCUCCAUCGCUCAUGCCAUCACAUUUGAUAACAUCAAGGAGCUUUGGCCACUGCCGCUUUUUGGAUUGCUCUACAUUUGCCUCGGGAUGGCUUUCGGAUGGAUUAUUUGCCGCAUUUGUCGGUUCCCAAAGGCCAUCCGGAAUCUUGUGAUGGUUUGCUGCGCGUUUGGGAAUUCCCAGACCAUUCCGCUGGCGCUGGUGUCGUCGCUGGCGCACUCGGUGGCUCAGCUCAAGCAGAGUGAUACCGACACGCCCGCGGCUAUUAUCGCGCGUGGUACGUCGUACAUUAUGCUGUACACGCUGAUUGGAACCAUUCUUCGAUGGUCGUUCGCCUACAAGCUGCUCAACCCGUCGCCGCAAACGCGAGCAGACGAACUCGAGCGGCAACAUCGAUUAACCCACCGACUGUCGGUGGACCAGAUUGCCACUCUGGAUGGCCACCCGACAGUUCGCCCAUCGGGCACCGAAUCCGUAGCUGCCGUUCACGGGAGUGUGGACGGGAGCGAUGACACGCCGGCUGUUCCCGACCGACUCAGCCCGUCGAACAGCCGCGAUCUGCUCAUCCAAACGCUCGAGAUACACUCAGCCGUGGGUAGCUCACAGCCAUCGACUCUUCUAGCUGCUGCUGCAUCUGUUCCUACGACGCCUCCUGCCUCUGUGCGUGCCAGAAUUGGUUGUGCUUUCCGCCGCGUCUUGUCAACAUUCACUCCUCCGGUUUGGGCCAUCGUGUUGGGCUUGAUUGUCGCGGUGGCUGCGCCCCUCAAGAACGCCUUCUUUCCAGCAGAAACAGCAUCGAGCUCGACCCCACCGCUUGACUUUCUUGCAGAUACACUCCAGACGCUGGGCAACGUUGUUGUUCCGGCAAUCAUGCUGAUUCUCGGAGAGCAACUCUCGCGCGGGCCGUUGCAACUGACGUACAUCCAAUGGCAUCGAAUGUGGUCGUGCUGCAAAAAGCCGCACAAGCGAGCGUUUUCUCAAGGCAGCCUCAAAUCGCGCAUGCAAACGUGCUGGAAUUCUUGCUGGAACCGCGAUCGACAGCAACACAACUCUGACAACGAACAGCUCACUCUUGUCGAGUCUUCCUCGUCAUAUUCAGUCAUGCAUGAAAAGAUCGGGGGUUUGGAGUCCUCUGCCGAUGUCUGCAUGCCUCCAGAGUCCGCUCAACAACAACAACAACGCAGCGUCAUUACCACUCCGCUGAGUGUGGGCUCCGUCCUCGCCAUCGUCAUUGUCAAACUUGUCAUCCUGCCCGGCAUCGCCAUCCCGCUGACAAUGCUGUUCAACAAGAUCGGACUACUCGGUAGUGAUCCUGUCUUGCACUUUGUUGUGCUGUUGGAGUCGUGUGUUCCGACGGGAAUCAACCUCGUUGUCAUUUGCGCCUCGCACAAUUGGUUGCAACGCGAGCUGACAACAGUGCUGUUCUACCAGUACCUGAUAGCCAUCCUUUCCAUCACUUUGAUGACCACUGGGUUUCUUGUCACAUUGUAGCCUGCCUGCCUUGAAAAAGCAUUUUACAAACCACUGCAUGAAAACAUAAUAGAGCAAACAUUAUGGA